UCUCUCUCUCUCUCUCUCUCUCUCUCUCUCUCUCUCUCACAACAGUGUGAGUGGAAAUGGAGACUUCGCCAUCGAUCCCGAUCGGUUCUUGUACGAAGGAGCACCAGAAGAUCUACAAGGAAUGGUUCAACAUCGCCGAUUCGGACGGCGAUGAUCGCAUUUCUGGGAAUGAUGCUACGAUAUUCUUCGCGAUGUCAAAGCUCUCUCGUCAGGAACUUAAACAGGUUUGGGCAGUUGCGGAUUCUAAGCGACAGGGGUUUCUUGGUUUGGCAGAGUUCAUCACCGCGAUGAAGCUCGUCUCGUUGGCACAAGAUGGACAUGAAAUUACUUCAGAUCUCCUGAAAGGUUCGGUUGACAUCAAGAGUAUAGAACCCCCUGUGUUGGAAGGGUUGGAAAACUUGAAGCAGAAAGCAUCAAAGGCAUGCACUAAUGCCGAAGAAAAUGUUGCAGGAGCUACCCAGCCACAAGUCGUGCCGAAAGCUCCUUGGUUCAAAUCAAAACCUAUCACAAAGGCACCGGAAAAUGUGGUUACUAUUGUUGAUGGCUUGAAAAGGUUAUACAAUGAAAAGCUAAAGCCACUUGAAAUGACAUAUCAUUUCAAUGAUUUUGCAUCUCCAUUACUGACGAAUAGUGAUUUUGAUGCCAAACCCAUGGUAAUGCUUUUGGGACAAUAUUCCACUGGAAAAACAACAUUUAUCAAACACUUGCUCGGGUGUGAUUAUCCAGGUGCUCACAUUGGACCAGAGCCAACAACGGAUAGGUUUGUGGUUGUUAUGACUGGGCCAGAUGAGAGGACCAUACCUGGAAACACAAUGGCAGUUCAGGCUGACAUGCCAUUCAAUGGGCUAACGAGUUUCGGAGGUGCUUUUCUAUCUAAAUUUGAGUGUUCUCAGAUGCCACACACGCUUUUGGACCAAAUUACUUUGGUAGACACUCCUGGAGUUCUUUCUGGAGAGAAGCAACGGACACAAAGGAGUUAUGACUUCACGGGUGUGAUCUCAUGGUUUGCAGCUAAAUGUGAUAUGAUUCUUCUUCUCUUUGAUCCACAUAAGCUUGAUAUCAGUGACGAGUUCAAGCGUGUGAUUGCUUCUUUACGUGGAAAUGACGACAAGAUACGCGUUGUUUUAAACAAAGCCGACCAAGUCGAUACUCAGCAGCUAAUGAGAGUGUACGGAGCAUUGAUGUGGUCUCUCGGGAAAGUGCUGAAUACCCCAGAGGUUGUUCGUGUCUAUAUCGGCUCGUUCAACGACAAACCCAUCAAUGAAUCUGCUGUUGGUCCGUUAGGGAAAGGACUCUUUGUGAAAGAACAAAAUGAUCUUCUAGCAGAUCUAAUGAACAUUCCCAAGAAGGCCUGUGAUCGAAAGAUAAACGAAUUUGUGAAGCGAGCUCGAGCUGCAAAGAUUCAUGCUUACAUAAUGAAUCAUCUCAAGAAAGAAAUGCCAGUGAUGAUGGGCAAAUCCAAAGCUCAACAAAGGCUUAUGGACAAUCUCCAAGAAGAAUUCGGAAAGGUCCAAAGAGAGUUUCAUCUUCCUGCCGGGGAUUUUCCGAAUGUGGAGCAUUUUAGGCAAGUGCUGAGUGGAUACAACAUCGAUAAAUUCGAGAGGUUGAAGCCGAAGAUGAUUCAGGCUGUAGACGAUAUGCUCGGAUACGAUGUUCCAGACCUUCUGAAGAAAUUUAGGAACCCAUAUGACUAAUAAUAUCAUAAGCGGAUUCACACAAAUAAAGAUGUGAUAUGGUUGGAUCUAUGAGAUUUGG